CAAGGAGCUCUUCGAGGACGCAGAGACGUUUCGGUCGCUGGUUGCGCCUACUACAGUUUCCAAGGAAUUCCUUACGCUCAACCUCCUGUAGGUGCGUUGCGCUUCAAGGACUCUCUACCACCUGCACCUUGGAAGGGAAUUCGAGACGCUGUGCAAGAAGGAAGCAUUUGCCCGCAAGGGAGAGGCGACGACAUCAAGGGCCACGAGGACUGCCUCUUCGUAAGUGUAUACACGCCUCGAAGACCGUCGGUGCUUGGAGAUCCACUGCCUGUUCUGGUAUGGAUCCAUGGUGGCGGCUUCGAAGCCGGCUCAGCGGACGAGUUCGGCCCGGACUAUCUUAUCUGCGAAGACAUAGUUAUGGUGACCUUGAACUAUAGAUUGGGCCCGCUUGGGUUUUUGCACUUGGACGAAGCAGCUCCAGGCAACGCGGGGCUGAAGGACCAGAUGAUGGCCUUGCGCUGGGUGCAG